AUGCAUGGAACAGUAAAGCCCAAGGGUAGAUUUGGUCGUAUUUUCGACUCUUUGAGGUUUAACUGGACUCGGCGUCGUUAUAUAUGGCGCGCUUGUUUUUUCUACAAGCUUGUCAGUUGGAUUCUAAUGAUCGGAUUAUUAAUAACGACGGUGUUUUAUUAUUUAAUAACAAAGUAUUCGUUUUUUGUAAAUUACAGUUGUUCUUCUCGUAGUAUUAAUAUGAUUAAUCUAUUCAUGAUUUCUAUCUCUGUUACUACAGCUAUAUUAUUGGUAUUAUCGGUAUAUUUGGCCAGAAUGUGUAAUUUGUUUUCGAAUUACACAAUGAGACAGUUUGUGACGACUGGGCGUUUUAUGCACUUUGUGGGCUGCACUGUUAAGUGGCUUCCAUGGGUAUCAGCUGUCGUAAUGUGGAUUUGGCUGGCUAUACAAUUUUCCAGUCUAAUUUGGGUUUUCGUUAACCCAAAACAGUGGUGUGAUCAUCGUUUUGAUGAAUCGGCUGUCAACGCCGUUAGAAACUGCAGACUCAUUUUAAAUAAAAAUACGCCUUGUCAAAUUGUGUUUGAGAAUGUAACGCCGAAGGAGAUAAGGAACUGUAAUCAUCCAGAGUACUUGAUAACUAGGAAAAUGGUACUUCUCGCACUAAAAGAUCCAUCAUCAAAGUGUUCAGUAGAAGAUAUUACUGUCUGCAAUGCUUAUAGAGAUGCCAUCACUAAAGACGAUUUUGACUUUGAUGAGCCUGGAUUGGCAGGUUGUUAUGGACAAAUCCCUCCUGAUAUGAGCAGUUUUAUCGACGAAAAGAACUCUAGUGAUCUCUACAAGUACAUUUUACUCUUCAACAUUUUUUGGUCCGUCAUGUUCGUACUGAUCGUGUGCAUCUUCUAUUUCAUAAAAAGCGUCACCAAGUUCGACGCCAUCAUCUACCAGCCCAAAGACCCCUCGGAUAACAUCAUCAUCAAAAUAAUCAGACCAUUCACUCCAUGGACCAAAUAA